AUGUUUCACUUAUCGACAGGCGAGCAGAAGGGUUUGGCUGAAGACCUUGAAUCUCUUGCUCUCACUUCGGGCCUUAGUCGUCGGGCUAAACGCAUCAUUGCUUCUGGUCAGACGGACUUAGAAACCGGCGAUGACACAGAUUCUGAUAGUGGCACUCAGUUCAACCCUAACGUCUCCUUGCUUGGUCGCGGCAAAAAGCGAGGACGUCAUGUCGCAUUUGCUGACGAAACCACUUCUCAAGGUCGAAAUUUAAUGACAAGUGGAGACGUUCGAGGCGGCAAGGGGAAACGGCGUCGCCUGCAUGCUGAUAAUGAUGACCAAACGAUGUCACGUAUUUGGUUAGUUGAGGCUGAAGAUGAGGACGAUGAGGUGCUGGAUUUGGCUGACCCGGAAAGUCUUCUCAGACAUAUGGCCGUGGCUCCAACACCGGCGUUGGCUCGCGCUGCCGUUAAGCUGAAUGCAACGUCAUUGCAAGAGGCCGACAAGCUGAUUAGCUGUCUACCCUCCACUCAGCCAGCAAUUAAAGCCGGUGCAACAUCCAAUGAAUUCGCUAUGCAGGAUGGCAAGCUAAUAAUUGAGAAUGAGGACACUAAGACAAAUUGGAAUUUGCAGAAUGCCUCUUAUGACAGUGAUGAUGAGGAGGUGGAGGCCCGGCCAGGUUUUAGGCGAGGCCGCGUUCAACAAGAACUUCCUCGAUCUGGUUCUGCCCGACACAAACGUAUAAACAGCCAUAAACGCGGCUUAGGCCCUGUUUCCUUUUACGGUGAUGAGUAUACCUCAAGUAAAGCUGCUGGCGAUAUGCGACGCCGCAACCGACCAGAACCUUUUGCAUAUGUUCCUCUUAGCACUAACUUCCAAUCAGUCUCAAAGAUGUCCAGUCGACCUCAUCGUCGACGCAUGGCAGCAGGCCGAGUAGAUCGUCAUCGCCUUUUGCAAACUACUGGAGUGGCUGCGAAGAAAGGCAAUAGGGUAAAUGCAUUUGCUUCUUAA